CUCUUGCUAGCCGCUGCUUCGGCGGAGCGCAGUGCUGGCCGGGUGGCUUGUGGAGCGAGGCGGGCGGUGAUUCGGUGUUGCUCCGGUUGCCCGGCGCUUCGCAGCCUCGUUCCUCCGGGGAAAGCCAGACGGGAUCCCGCCCGCGCAGGGUCAGUUUCUGAGGCUCCAAAAUUGGAGUGGAUUCCAAACAGACUUCUGCUAGCACAAUGGGGCUUCGUCUCCUCCUCCACCCCCUUGCAGUUCCACAUAUGCCCCCAAAAUAUGCUUCAGAAAGACCCCGCAACAAAGGAUAACACCAUCCAGAUUUAUUCUGACCUAAGAAGUGAAGGAUAACAGCCAUCACUGGGUAGCUCAAUAUGCCAGCUUUCUUCUGGAAGGUUGCCUUUGAAUGUUAGGUCUCCUCCAUUUAUUUUACAACACGCACAAAUAAAAUGUCGGAACUCCACCCUACCUCUGGAUUAAUAACAAAUAUGGAAAAUGGGACUUUUCUGGAGCUGUAUCCCACCUCUCUCUCGACCUCCAUGGAUUCAUCUUCUGGACACAUGUCUAACGUCUAUGUCUAUGUUUCAAUAUUCCUCAGCCUCUUGGCAUUUCUUCUUUUGCUAUUAAUCAUUGCACUUCAGAGGCUGAAGAACAUAAUCUCUUCCAGUUCUUCCUACCCAGAAUACACCAGCGAUGCUGGGAGUUCCUUCACUAACCUAGAAGUCUGUAGUAUUUCUUCCCAGCGGUCUGCUUUUUCAAAUCUUUCCUCCUGAAAAGGAAUGAAAGAGAAUGCAUUGGGGGAUGGAACAACUUUGUCUAACUCUUGGGGGGAAGUUAUGCAUGCAGUAUUUUCUUUGGAGGACUAAUAGUCAUAAAAGAGGUGACUUUUAAUUUUCACUUUGGUUUUUCUUUCCCUUUUUAGUCUGCAUUUCCCCUCUUUAUUAAUGACAUUUUUCAUCUCUGAGCAGUGAAAUUGAUGAAGGUCUCCUGCCUGAUCAUGGCCUCCUGCCUGUAUUACUGUUGUAGCGUUUCCCCAACCCAUUUAAACUGGGUCUUCAAACUUAACAAUGGGAAGAUUCUGCUUCCUGGGCUUUGUCACCUAUGGUUUUAUCAACUCAAAGCUUCAGGAUUUUAACUUCCUCAGAAACACCAUGAUAUCAUACAG